CAGAGCCCAGUAAAAACCGCGGUUUAUGCGCUCAGUCACAAGACGCUUGGGCUGGAAUCCCGGCCGCGGACACGGAUGAUGCUGAUGCCGAUGCCGAUCCAGCGCCGCCCUCCCCGCUCUCCCCUUCCCUCCUCCGGCGGGCGGGGCGGCCGCUGUGGGAUCCAGGGCCGCCGUGGGAGCCAUGGCCGCCUCCCGAGGGAAGCGGGGCGGCUCCUACGAGAGGCUGAGCCCCACGGGCACGGAGAAAUACAACACUGAAGAGAAUGUUUUUUUCUUCAGUAAAUUGACAUAUUCCUGGUUUAGCAGAGUGAUAUCUACAGGCUACAAGAAGCAAUUGGAAAGGGAGGACCUGUUUGAACUCAAUGAAAGUGAUUCACCAUACAGUGUGUGUCCUAACUUUGAAAAGCAAUGGAGAAAAGAAAUCCAGAGGCCUACUACAGGAUUAAUGGCUUCUUACAUCCAAAGAAUGCUAUUGAAGAAAACAAGUUUCCAUAAACCUUCUUUGAUUUUGCCCUUAUGGCAAACAUUUAAAUAUUUAUUGAUUAAAGUUGCAUUUCUGAAAGUUGCAACUGACAUUCUGGCUUUUGUGAGUCCACAAAUAAUGAAAGCAAUGAUAGUGGCCAGUGAAAGUCAGCCUAGCUCAUAUUGGAGGGGUUGUGGCUAUGCUAUUGCCCUGUUUGUUGUAGUUCUCUCACAAACUCUUCUCCAUCAGUUAUACCAACGUAACAACAUACUUACUGCAGUCAAAAUCAAGACUGCAGUUGUUGGCCUGAUAUACAAAAAGGCCUUAACUUUAGCAAAUUCCUCACGACAAAACUAUACAACUGGGCAGAUUGUUAACCUGAUGUCAGCAGAUGCUCAGCAGCUCCUGGAGCUAGCUAUCAACAUGAACCUGUUGUGGUCGGCACCUUUUCAGAUCGCCACAGCUGUCAUCUUCCUCUGGAAAGAGCUCGGCCCCUCAGUCCUAGCAGGUGUUGCACUGCUGCUUUUGGUCAUACCUGUAAAUGCACGCAUUGCAGCCAAAGUAAGAAGGCUGAAGAAAAGCCAAAUGAAGUAUUCGGAUCAACAAGUCAAGCUAUUAAGUGAAAUAUUACAUGGAAUAAAGAUCCUGAAACUUUAUGCGUGGGAACCUGCCUAUCAAAGGAAGGUCUUGAGCAUCAGAGAACAUGAAGUGGAUGUUCUGAAGUCAUCUUGAUAUCUGACAACUUACUCCAUGCUGACCUUGACAUGUAUUCCUUUUAUGGUCUCAUUGGCUACAUUUGGAGUCUUCUUUCAUCUGGACAAAGAGAAUGUUUUAACAGCAAUGAAAGUGUUUACAUCUAUUUCUUUAUUCAACAUUUUGCGACAGCCUUUGUUUGAUUUACCCUCUGUGAUCUCUGCUGUAGCCCAGACCAAAGUUUCUCUGAGCCGUUUAGAAGAUUUUCUGUUUGCUGAGGAUCUUAACCCUGAGGAUGUCAGUACAAACUACAGUGGAAAUCAUGCUGUUGGUUUUACUGGUGCUUCUUUCCGCUGGGAGAAAAAUGGCCUGCCAGUUUUGAAAAACUUGAGUGUCAACAUUCCUGAAGGCUCUUUAGUUGCUGUUGUGGGACAGGUUGGAUCUGGAAAGUCAUCUUUUCUUUCUGCUGUUCUUGGAGAAAUGGAGAAACUUGAAGGAACAGUUCAGAGAAGAGGUUCAGUGGCUUAUGUUUCUCAGCAGGCUUGGAUUCAAAAUGACAGUUUACAGGAAAAUAUCCUCUUUGGUGCAGAUCUAAACAGGCCAUACUACGAACUUGUUUUAGAGUCUUGUGCUUUACUGCCAGAUUUGGAACAGUUACCGAAUGGAGACCAAACAGAGAUUGGAGAAAGGGGUGUCAAUAUAAGUGGAGGGCAGAAGCAGAGAGUGAGCCUUGCUAGAGCUGUGUACAGCAAUGCUGACUUGUAUCUCCUGGAUGACCCCCUGUCUGCUGUAGAUGUACACGUUGGAAAACAUCUUUUUGAGAAGCUAAUUGGCCCUUCAGGUCUCCUAAAAGGCAAGACUCGUAUAUUGGUGACCCAUAACCUCACAGUCCUGCCUCACACCGAUCUUAUAAUAGUAAUGGAGGAGGGCAGAAUAAGUCAAAUGGGGACCUACCAAGAACUCAUUUCAAAGAGAGCUGAUUUUGCUGAGCUUGUUCAAGACUUCGGUGCAGAGCGUACAAGUAAAGAGACAACCCCAGUGGAAGUGAGUUCUUCAAAGGAAGAGGGACAGCUGGGAAGGAGCCCGCAACAAGAAGGCCUGCUGAAAAAUAAGGACUCUUCCUUUGGUCAGCGGAAAGCACACACUAACAAUAAAGAGAAAGUUGCUGCUGGUAGUAUGAAAAUGUCAGUUGUCUUGAAAUACCUCCAAGCCUUCGACUGGCGAUGGAUGUGGUUAACUAUAGCUGCUUAUAUAGGCCAGAAUGCACUGGGCAUUGGACAAAAUCUAUGGCUUAGCACCUGGACUGCAGAGACAGCACGAGUUAGUGAUUUCACAGAAUGGAAACAAUCACAAAACUAUAAGCUUUGUAUCUAUGGGCUUCUGGGAUUCAUUCAAGGCCUGCUUGUUUGCUGUGGUGCUUACGUGCUCACCAGGGGAUCCCUGUCUGCUUCCCGGGCAUUGCAUCGUCAGCUGCUGGACAAUGUGCUGCACCUUCCCCUGCAGCGUUUUGAAACAAAUCCAGUGGGUCAGAUCAUCAGCAGGUUCACAAAGGACUUAUUUGUAGUGGACGUCUGUUUCCAUUUCUACUUGAGAACUUGGCUGAACUGUACACUAGAUGUUAUAGGAACCAUUCUGGUUAUCACAUCUGCCUCACCACUAUUCAUAGUGGUAGUUAUUCCCCUGGGAUACUUUCAUUUUACUAUCCAACGAUACUACAUCGCCAGCUCACGGCAAAUUCGACGUCUGGCAGGGGCAUCCCAGGCUCCAGUGAUCUCCCACUUCAGUGAGACUCUUGUGGGGAGAUCAACAAUUCGAGCAUUUGGCCACCAAGAGAGAUUCAUUAGAAAAAACUACGAUGUUGUGUAUGAGAACUUAGUUUGCUUCUACAACAACCUCAUCUCAAACAGGUGGCUAUCUGUCAGGCUUGAGUUUUUGGGAAAUUUGAUGGUGUUCUUUGCUGCACUGUUUGUAGCACUGUCUGGAAAUACAGUGAGUUCUUCUACAGUGGGUUUAUCGAUAUCCUAUGCUCUAAAUGUAAUUCAGAUUCUGAAUGUUUGGGUGCGUAGAGCAUGUGAAAUCGAGACCAACGCAGUUUCAAUUGAAAGAAUCUGUGAAUAUGCAACAAUGGAUAAAGAGGAACCAUGGAUAAUGUCUAAAAGACCACCAGUGGGAUGGCCUGAUAGAGGAAUAAUAGAGUUUGUUAACUACAAGGCUCAUUACAGGAAGGAUCUUGGUUUAGCCCUGAAUGAUGUCUCUUUUCAGACACAGAGUAAAGAGAAGGUCGGAAUUGUUGGAAGAACGGGAGCUGGUAAAUCAACACUCACAAAUUGCUUGUUUAGAGUUCUGGAGGGAUGUGAAGGCAAAAUAAUUAUCGAUGGAAUUGACAUAUCGACUAUUGGACUCCAUGACCUACGUGGAAAUCUUAACAUUAUUCCACAGGACCCCAUCUUGUUUUCUGGGACACUGCAGUCAAAUUUGGAUCCACUUGGAAAACACUCUGAUCUUGAACUGUGGGAGGUGCUGGAACUGUGUGACUUAAAGGAUUUUGUCCAGUCACUGCCAAAGAAGCUCCUUCAUGAGAUUUCAGAAGGUGGUGACAAUCUCAGCGUUGGGCAGAGACAGCUGGUCUGUCUGGCCCGUGCUUUGCUGCGAAAGACAAAGAUCCUGGUCCUGGAUGAGGCGACAGCUUCUGUUGACAUGGAAACGGACAACUUUGUGCAGUCCACCAUCAAAAGAGAGUUUCACAACUGCACAGUAUUAACUAUAGCCCACAGGUUACAUACAGUCAUGGAUUCAGAGAGAGUGCUUGUUCUGGAUGCAGGAAAGAUUCUAGAAUAUGAUACACCACAGAAUUUGUUGCAACGAAAAGGUGCCUUUUCUGAAAUGGUUGCAGAGGCUGGCAUAAGAAGAUAAAGAAAACUAGUGAAUAAAUUCUUAAGGAACACUCAAAGGAUCUCUUGCAUUCCACAUAUAUAGAUGCAAUAUUUUAUAUUUCUUAUAAAAUACCUUACUUAAGAGCUUACUCAAGUUCUCCUGGCAGCUUUGCUGUUUACUACAGCCACAAUCUGUAUAUAUUGAUCAGAUUUCUUAAAAUAAUUUCCAGAUUUUAUACAAAUCACUUCUUUUGAUCAUACUGGCACUGGAACAGCAUAAUGAAGCAGCAAUUUUCAUGGCAUAUCAUAGAAUCAUAGAAUCAGCUGGGCUGGAAAGGACCUCUGAGAUCAUCAAGUCCAACCCUUGAUCCAACCCUGCCGUGUUUACCAGACAAUGGCACUAAAUGCCACAUCCAGGCUUAUCUUAAAAACCUCCAGGGAUGGAGAAGCCCAUUCCAAUGCCUGAUUACCCUCUCUGUAAAGAACUUCUUCCUAAUAUCCAACCUAAACCUCCCCUGGAGCAGUUUAAGACCAUGUCCUCUUGUCCUACUGCUGAUUGCCUGGAAGAAGAGACCAACCCCCACCUGGCUACAACCUCCUGUCAGGUAGUUGUGGAGACUGAUGAGAUCACCCUUGAGCCUCCUCUUCUCCAGGCUAAACAACUCCAACCUUUCCUCACAGGACUUGUUGCUCGAGUCCCUUCACCAGCCUGGUUGCUCUUCUCUGGACCUGCUAGGUGUUUCCACCUGGAUUAUAGGAGGCUAUUCAGCUUCUUAUCCCUGUCUACAGGCUCCAGAAGCCAGUUGUCCUCAGGACAACCUGUCUUACUGUUGAAGACUGAGGUAAAGAAGAUGUUAAAUACCUCAGCCUUGUGCUCAUCUUUGAUAACUAUGUUCCUGCCCAUGUCCAAUAAAGAAUGGAGGGUUUUCUUGUCCCUCCUUUUGCUACUGAUGUAUCCAUAGAAAGACUUUUUGUUAUCCUUAACAGAGGUGGCAAGAUUGAGUUCAAAUUGUGCCUUCGUCUCUCUAAUUUUCUUUCUACAUGACCUAACUAUAUCCCUAAACUCUUCCUGAGUAGCCAGCCCUUUUUUCCAUAAUUCGUAAGCUCUCUUUUUUCCUCUAAUUUCCUUCAAAAUCUCCCUGUUCAGCCAGACCAGCCUGCUCCUGUGCAUUCAAGACUUGCUUCUUGAAGCACAUCCAUCCCUCCCAGACCCCUUUGUUUUGAAGGGUAUUUUCCCUUGAAAGGAAACUGCCCUCUGGAAGUCCAGUGUAGAGGUUUUAUUGAUGGCCCUCUCUGUAUCCCUGAGUAUUGCAAACUCUAUUAUUUCAUGAUCACUGUGCCCCAGGUGGCCUUUGAACACCACAUCUCCCACCAGCCCCUCUCUGUUUGUGAGCAGAAGGUCCAGCGGGGCCCCAUCUCUGGUAGGCUCAUUUACCAGCUGGAGCAGGAAAUUAUCCUCUAUACACUGCAGGAAUCUCCUAGACUGCCUCUUCUCUGCUGUGUGGGGUUCCCAGCAGACAUCCAGCAGGUUAAAGGCACCCACGAGAACAAGAGCUGGCAAUUUUGAGACAUCUGCCAGCUGCUUGUAGAAUAAUUCAUCACCCUCAUCAUCCUGGUUGGGUGGUCUGUAACAGACUCCCACCAGGAUAUCAGCCUUGUUGGUCUUUUCCCUGAUUCUGAUCCACAGGCACUCAACCUUAUCAUUACUGACUUCAAGUUCUACAGAGUCAAGAGACUCUCUAACACAUAGAGCCACCCCUCCACCUCUCCUAGCCUGCCUGUCCCUUCUGAAGAGCUUGUAGCCACCCAUGGCAGAACUCCAGUCAUGGGAGCCAUCCCACCACGUUUCUGUGAUGCUCACUACAUCAUAGCUUUCCUGCUGCAUGCCAAGAAGUGCCACGUUACAAAAAGUGCCAUGUCAAAAAAGAGCCACGACACACAAGUGCAACGCCAGGAAGUGCCAAGCCAUGAAGUGCCACUUUAAAAUGGGCCACGUCACAAAAAGUGCCACAUCAAGAAGUGCCACGCCAAGAAAAGUGCCAUGCCAAGAAAGUGCCACGUUUUAAGGUGCCACAUCAAAAAAGUGCCACACCCAGAAGUGCCACAUCCUGCACUCCGGGUUGCUGGCGCUCCUUACAGACGUUUAAAUCCCUCAUGGAUGGGCUGGGCUCCGCCCCCUAGUCAUCUCCCAGGACACCUCCAGCCAGUGUGUUAACUGUUGCACUAGAAAAGACUGAUUGAAAAAUAAAUCUUGCUGUUCACAGGUUGGGUCUUAAUUAAAAAAUAGUACUUAAUUAAGCUGCUCUGACAUUAUGCUCGUUUAGUUAAUACAUUCUUAUUAUGAUUGUGCAUUCAGGAAAAACAAAACUGCUUGUUGUGUGGACAUACAGACAUGUCACUUGGGGGUGAUUUUUAAGAUGUGCAUAUUUACAUGUAUACCUAGGUAGUUCUUGAGGGAAUAAAUGUGCCUUUUGACCUCAUGA